CGUUCGUCGAGUCAGUCAGUAGUCAGCUGAACUUGUUCGCGUUGUGAUGUCCGGCCGCGCCGCCACGCUGAAAUGUGAGGUCUUUUUGGGAUAUUUCGGCGAAUAAAAGGAUUUUCGUAUCUGCUUGACGGGGGAGAGAGAAUCCUUCAUGGUGUGUCUGUGAGGAGGAAAGGUGUGUGUGUGUGUCCGCGCAAGCAGAAGUCGCCACCGCCGCAAUGAAUAUGGACGUACAAAGUUUAAGGUAAAUGACGAGACAGGUGAUGAGGAUGACAUGCUUGGGAUCCUCCAGACGGGGAGCCUUAAAGAGAAUGCCAGGCACCUUCAGGCCCUUCGGUCGUUCAUCGGCAACCUGGUGGACCAGGCGGAGAGGGCGUGCGGAUGCGAUUGCCACAAACCACCGUCACUCCUGCUCGUCGGCCCUCCUGGAGCAGGAAAGACAUACCUGGUGAAACAGAUGGGAAAUGUCUGCGAAAUGCCCCUCUAUGGCGUUCAUACAAACCAGGUCCACGGUGCAUCAGCAGUGCGCAAACUUUUCGACCAAGCCCGGGACAACUAUCCAUCUCUGGUCUUCAUGGAUGACGUGGAUGCCAUCUUCUCGAACCACGACGAAGAGCCGAGCUGCUCUUCGCAGAUCCAGGCAAUUCGAGAUGAGCUCUUCGCCCAGCUGGGCUCCCGGAAGUUGAAAAUUGAUGAUCCCAAGUCCUCCAGAAAUCCCACGAACUGCAUCCUCAGCGGUGGCGGGGGCCGAGGAGCGACAAAUGGAGUAGAUGGAAGCAGAGCAUCGAGCAGGGCUUCUUCCAGUCAUUCCAGGCCCCAACCCUCGGCCCCACCUGACGAUGAAGAGGACGUCUUUCAGGAUGAUGACAGCACCUACCCUGAUAACAAUGGCAUAAUUGUUGUGGCUGCCACUAGCACUCCUUGGCUCCUCUAUAAGGAUCACGAACUGUUAAGUCGCUUUCGUGGGGUCUAUCUUGUUGGCCUUCCAGAUAAACAAACAAGAUAUAACCUUCUGAAGUCUCUCUUUCAAAAUGUACACCAUAAUCUCACAGACCAAGAUAUUAUGGUUGUGGCAGAAAAGACAGAAGGAUUCACACCUGCUGACUUGAUGGUAGUGGUGAAAACUUUAACAUAUCGCCAGUUUUCAUUUCUUUUGUCGAUGACAGCACAUGGUGGCUCUGUUGGGUCAUCAAGUGAAAUGGGUUCCUCUGGGUCACAAACCCCACUUUCUUCAGAAAUGUCAGAAACAGCCUCAGAGUCUGAUUUAGAUGGACUCCCUGAGUCGGAGGGCCACUUGAAGCGUGGCACUGUUUCAGCUGCAGCAGUAGCUGCUGCAAUGGCUGCAGCUGCUGCCAGUGGAGCUGUUCCAAAGAAAGACAUAAGGCCAAUCGCCAGUAGCCAUGAGAAGAAGACAGUACCAUCAGCAGCUAGCAAACCACCAAUCGCAUUACUCACAAAUGACUGGGACUCAGAAUCUGAAGAUGAGGAAGAGGAAGUUGGAAGUCCACAAGAUGUGCUAGACCAUAAACAAAAGGAGUCCAUGAAAAUGAAAGCUAAGGAUUUGAGGCUACCAACACGUGUUUUGGACGAUUCUUUGGUUUUGAAUACCCCCAGUACUUCGGACAUAAAGAAAAGCCCAAGAGAUGGUGUGAGUGUACCAUCUCCAGAUUCUGCCAUAGGCAUGUCCAAGGGCAGUGAAGAUUUCAUGGAACCGAAGAUCUCAGCUAGGUUAGAAAAGACUGAGGGUCCUUGUAGGACACCAUCAGAGAGCAGUAGUAGUGGAGUUACGUCCUCAGGCUGUGAUAGUAGUGAUAGCAGUGCAAUAGUUGAUGACAGAGUGCAAGAUACUUGCAGUCCACCUCCCAUCAGUAGUGACAGUGAAACUGAUGGAGAUGAGACUGUCGUUUCUCCUAGUGUAGACAGUGAAAGGACUACAGAGGGAAAGCCUAAAGAAUCAUCUGAAGAAGAAGUUAAGGCUGAAAAGGACAGCACAGAAAAGGAAGAGGUAGUUAAAUGUGAUGGUGCUCAGGGGAUGGUUGGGGAAAAUAAGGAAGACUUAAAUAAUGAAAUUCGUAAUGUUGAGGAGGAGGAUAGGUCAGUUGGUACUCCUGUGGAGUUUGAACUGCAUUACAGUGAGCCUCCUGAACCUAUGCGUGAUGACAACUGUGCCAUUGAUAGUGACAGUGACAAUGAGAUAUCAGAAACCCCUCGUUCAAGGGGUCGACGCGUUGCAUUUUCUGGAAUGUCUCCAAUGGAACCGCUCUCAGUUGAUGUAGGGAAUGAUUGCGGACCCCCAAAUGUUUCACUUGAUGACCUACCACCUAAUAUAACAUUAGCAUCAUCAAAUCUCCCAGACAGUCAUCGCCAAGAAUCGGCUCCUAAUGCUAUUCUCUUGAGUCUUUUGGCAAGACCUUCCCCAGCCAGGUCAGAUCGUCAUGACCACCCACUAGGUGAACCGUCAGAUCUAGCUUCCUUUUUGCACGCAGAUCCUGAUCUUGAUGAAAAUAAAACCUCCACUCCAAUUGAACCCCUUGGAACCCUCACCCCAACUCCCAAUUUGACACCAACACCCACACCUACACCUACACCAAGUGAAGGAUCAAGUCACAAUGGCACGGUGGGUAGUUCUGGCAGUGGCACCCAUGCAUCAGUCGGUUCCACGAGCAGUGAGGUUCACAAGAAGGAAGAUAGCGACUCUUCCUUUGACCAUAGUGAUGGUCACACAGUUCCUUCUUCAGAUAUCUCCACAGCAACAUGCAAUGAAACUGGAGAGACCAUGGAAUGUCGAACAGAUUCUGAUGAACGGCUGCAAGAAUUAGAUGAUCCCCACGAUCAUCCAGAUUCUGCUCGUGGAAAUGAAACAAAGUCGAUGGCUAGAGGAGGAUUGAACUCCCUUCUGAAUAUAGAGGGUUUAGAGAACUUAACCAUACAGAUCAUUACUUUGGCUGAAGUUCUUGAGGUAGUUUCAAGUGGCUAUAGAAGUGUCAGUGAUGAGGAAAUCAAGCGAUAUACUGAUUUUAUGGUGUGGUUUUCAAAUGUGGCCAAGUCUGCUUGUCCACAUUCAAAAGAAGGAUCUAAGAAGGCAAAUGCUCCUCCCUUGGAUGAUAUCAGUUUAGAUUCUACUGUUUAUGAUACCCCAAGCAUCAUAAAGAAACGAAAAGGGCCUCUUCGGAAGUUGGGCCGGUUUCUUCUUAAAGCAUUGAUGUUCAUUCUAGACUGAUGUAUAUUUGGCAAAUGCUGAAAUUGAAAUGUAUUUUAGUCAAAAAUGGCUUUGGAAUAGACCCUGUACUAGUCGUAAAUGUGAACUCAAUCAUUUUUGGGAGGGGCUUUUCAUUACAGUAGUUUCAUAAACAGUGCAAUGUUUGGGAUGAUGAAACAGUACAUUUGAAGAUGUACAAUUUCUUGAAAUGCAUUUAUACAAGGAAAAGUUUAUUUAUGCUUUAAGGGUGAAGGCCAUAUAUUAAUGUAUUCAGUUUCAGAAUUUAUGGACAUGAAUGCAGUACAGGAAAUCGGUCGUAAAUGAGGCCCAAGAGAUGUAUGUGGACAACAUAACUCUGGUUCCUCACGCGUUUACUUCGGGAGUGAGAUAACAGGGGAGUGAUGUUGGUCUGAUUCCUGGCAUCUUCAUUAUGAAAGUGAAGCCAUUUUAAGUUUUGAGUGUUAUACAGUAAAGGGAGGUAUUUUGGUUUUAAAUCUUUUAGACAUUUUCAUUAUGAAGCUUUUAUUGGGGAAAUGCUUGCUUUUCCAGCUUACUCUGAUGUAGGCACGUAAGUCACUUGUAUGAUACGUAAUUUUCUAAAAUGUGUUCCUAGUAGGAAUUAUCCACUACUGAACCCAAGAAAUUGGUAUUUAGUUAAUGUAGCUGUAAUUGUGUAUCAUGUUUAAAUUUGUAAGGCUUUGGCAUGUCUAUAAAAAAGACAAGAAUACUAUUGUUAGAACAGUGACCAUAGCAGAAAAUGAAUGUUACUCUUCAUACUCAGAGCUGACAAUUAUUGAGCUUGUACAAAGUUAGUGUGUUUAAGUUUGCAGGUGAAAUUAUGCAUUUAUUAUACAACUUGUUGUUAUUACUCUACCAGGUAUUGUUAUGCCAAGGCAUGUAAAGAUACAGUUCAUAUAGUUGUUGAUCCCCUAAAAAUAUAUACUUAAUUCAGCUUGAAUGGAACAUUAAUACUCGUGUCACAAAUACCCUUGACUAUUACAAUUAAAGGAAAUAAAUGGCAUGCUAGACUUUUGAAAUAUUUCCUGGUAAAACAGUUUGUAGUUCUUAGUUGAGUAUACUUUUGUAAAAUAAAAUAUUUUCUUAUAUAAGAAUGAAAAGGUUUAGAUUAUUCAAAAAAUAAAAACAUACAUAAGU